AUGGAAAUGCUCUUGUUAGGUCUCGCUCCACUGAAAUAUAACAAUGUAAGACAACAAGCUGCUAAACAACAGACUAUAAAGCGAACCGAGAUCGCAGUCUCAUCUCCCAAUAUUAUGAAGCAAACAAAUGUUAGCAAAGAAUUUUGCGCAGCAUCUUCUGAUCUUGUUAAAAUUCGUUAUAGAAUGGAUGAGAUUGUUGAGGUGUCAGAAAAUCACAAGCUGUUAAGAAAAAUUUCUGAUGCUCUGACAAAAAUUUUUGUCAAACGUGAGAGUACUCAACACUACUCAAGGCUGAUAGAGGAAACACCGAAUGAUGAAGAUAGAGAGAAUGUCCUUCUCAAAUUAGUAAACUGCUUUCACGAAGGAGAAGAAUUUCAUGCUCACCUUGGACGAUUUUAUGGAAAGACCGAGCAAUUUGAAAAAGGGGAAAAGUAUCUUAAACAAGCGAUAACACUGGCACUUAAAAAGCAAAAAGGAAAUAAAGAUUCGGUACUAUAUAGAAUUUAUACUAUGCUUGGCUAUUUCUAUAAGGAUCAACUGCGACACACAAUACUCUUGGAUCUUUCAGAAGAAUCUAGAAGUCAAAGUAUACUCAAGAUUGCAAGGACGUCUAUCAAAAAUUUCAAUAAAGCUGGACACCACAGUCACAGAGGACAUCAUAUGUCUUACAUCUAUAUGGGAGAACUUAAGGUCAGAAUGCAAGUGACUGAAUAUGUAAAUAACAUUAGUGGAGGGAACGUUACUUCUUUACAGAAAUACAUGGCACCAAUUCCAGAGCUGGGUGUAUUCGCACUUGGUUCAUUUAGUCGCUGUGAUGAACUUUUGUCAUUAUGUCUGAUGUCAGCUGACGAGUACGAAAUUGACUUAUGGAGAGUUGAUAAAUGUGUCCGACAAUUCAUAAAAUGCUUUGAAAACUUCAAAGAAUAUCUAGAAAAGUGGAUUGAUAAAGUUGAUACUUUUUCCAGAGCAAGAUGUAAAAUCGCCAUUUUCAAGGCAUUCGUUAACAAGGAGUACAAUUAUGCAAGCAGACAUGAAAUUCAAAACAAGCAUAAGGAAAAACUGAAUGAAAUGGUCCAAUGGUACGAAGAGUGUUUCAAUGAAGCCAGAAAACUAAAAUUGGAUGAUCCUAUUUCAUUACAUGUAACAGACUGGCUUAAUGUCAUACGUCAUUUAGACUUCAACAAAGAAUACAUCUUAUCAGAGGUAAAAUCGACAAUAGAUUGGUGGUCAUCACGAAAAAAGAGAAGGGAUCACUGGCAAACUAUUACCAAUACGUUCUUACCGUGUGUAGCAAACUACCACAGGCAGCAAAUUGAUAAUCUAAGAGAAGAUAUGAGAAAGAGCAUUGUGUACCAUGUUAACAAAAGCAUAUCACUAGAAUGGCUUGCAAAAGCAGACAAUAAAAACUCAAUUCGUAAGAUUAUUCACCGAAGAACACUUGGAAAAUGGAAUGGGAAAUUUUGGAGUUCUAAGGAGAGCAUUUCCAAGCUACAAGUAUGCACUGGAGAAAUCAGUGACUGUAGGAUCCACAGAGGUAUAAUAAAUAUGGAUACCAACAAAGAAAUCAAAUUGAAACUUUAUUUCAAUCCACAGAGAUAUGGAUUUCACAGCAGUGACUCUAACCAGGGAAGAAGGGUUGAAUUCUUUGUUGGUUUUAACAUAAAGAGAGGGGCUGAAGCAUACCAAGUGAAGGAGCUCAAUAAAUAUUCUUGUCUUUCCUGCAAAGAACUUAUAGAAAUUUCAACACUUGGACAAGAUGAACCUUCAGCAGCAUGUUCGAAGUGCGGAGAACUUGUGUUCGUUAAAUCCAUGGAUGAACUACCGCUAUGA